AGAGGAAGUGCAGGAGGCCCCCGCAGGCCGAGGUCUGGAACCGGUGCCCCAUGACGUCUACUGUGUUUUCUUGGGAAAGUAGGUCAAAGGUCUGGUCCGGACUCACGGGGGGAAGUGGCUGAAGGAGGAAGUGUGAGCGCAACAGCGAGAAGGUUGGGAGGAUGAAGGAGCCCAGUCUGUAGUCUGCUCUUGCUGCCGCGCUCAGCCCAGGGGGACGCGAGUGACGAUGACGACGUACCUGCCGCUGCUCUUCCCCCUCUUCUGGGUUUCAGUCUCAUCAGUUGACAUCACGGGUCCAGAGGAGGCGAAAGGCCUGGAGCAGGGGUGGUUGGAGGUGCAGUGUCGCUAUGCCCCAGGAUGGAAGACCUACAAGAAGUGGUGGUGUCGAGGGGCUGAUUGGGGGAGCUGUAAGAUCCUUGUUAAAACCAAUGGAUCCAAGCAGGAGGCGAAGAGGAACCGCGUGACCAUCAGGGACGAUCAGAGCAACCGCACAUUCACUGUGACCAUGAAGGCGCUCAGGCGCGAGGAUACAGACGUUUACUGGUGUGGGAUUGAGAGAGCAGGAGCUGACCAUGGGAUGGAAGUUAACGUGAUCAUUGGCCCAGCAACUACCACUGUGUCGACCACCAUUACUGCCAUCAUCUCUACCACCACCAUGUUCACAGUGCCAGUCACCAUGGGAAACCCUGCAGGCUCCCCGACUGCGACCAGCCCCCCCUCUGAUGGCAGCUUCUUCACGGAUCGCAACAUCCUCCUGCCCGUCCUCUCUGCUCUGCUGCUGCUGCUCUUGUUGGCAGCCUCGCUGCUGGCCUGGGGACUGGUGCGGCGACAGAAGAAAGCUGCUGGGGUGGUCCCGGGACAGGAGCUGGGGCCCCUGGAGGACGACCUCUGCUACGCCAACCUGGCCCUGCAGCAGACUGGACCCCCCACCAGCCCCUCCAGGAAGAAGGCCCCCACAAAGCCCCCCCCCUCCGUCGAGGAAGACCGGGUGGAAGUGGAAUACGUCACCAUGGCUUCCUUUCCCAGGGAGGAUGUGGCCUAUGCAGUUCUGUCUUUGGACGCCUCGGAUCAGGACUCAACCUACGUCAACACGGGCGACCUCAUCACCCCCCUUCCUAGGAGCCACGAGGAGUACACAGAAUACAGCACCGUCGGGAAGCCGAGCCUGCACUAAGGACCCCUGUCCGACCCCACACGAGGCCGUCAGCACGCCCCUGCCGCGCCUUUCUGCUCCCAGUCUUCUCGUCGCCCCAGCUCCGGGCUGGGCUCCAAGCCUGGACUCAGGGGCUUCUGGGAGACAGGCAGGGGUCUCUGCCCAUCCCUCCUCUCCCACACAGCUGGGGAAGAGGCUGGGGUAUGCUCUGAGGGAGGAGCAGCAAUGACCAUGACAAUACGGGUCAUGAACCUUUAUUUAUUGCUACCACGUGUGGUGGGCUGAAGGCUGGCUCCCGCCCUACUAACCUCCAGAACCCGUGAGCAUUCGCGUACGUGGCAAAAGGGGUUGUGCAGGUGGAGCUAAACGAAGGAGUUUGAGAUGGAGAGAUUAUGCUGGAUUAUCCUGGCAGGCCCUGCACAUAAUCACAAGGGUCCUUCUAGGAGGGAGGCAAGAAGGUCAUGAGAAGGCAGGCGGCGGCGGAGCAGAGGUCGGAGUGACGCGGCCGGGAGCUGAGGAGCGCUGCCGCCUCCAGCAGCUGCGAGUCGAGGGGUGGGCUUCAGAAGGGACAGCCUUGCGGACGCCGAGGCUUCAACCCUGCGCCAUGGCUUUCGAGCUUCGGCCUCCAGAGUUGCAGGAGAGUACAUUUGUGCUGCUUCACGAAGCCACCGGAUUUGUGGUAAUUGAUAGACCCGCGAUAGGAAACUAACAGACGACUGUGGCAGGUGCUCUUCCCUAAACGCUCCAGCCGCAGUAACUAAGUCCUCACGGCAGCCCUACCGGGCGCCUUCGUCACUGCCCCAUUUUACAGGUGACGCGUCGAGGUCAGAGAGGUUCGGAGACUUCCGAGAGUUCUCGCUAGCAAGAGGACGAGUUGGAAUUUGAGCUCAGGCAUUUUGCCUCUGGAGUGUGGGCCACCGUCCUGCACUGUGGGUCUGAGGAGGACAGCGUGUGUGUGUGUGUGUGUGUGUGUGUGUGUACACUCCCACACAGCCAUUCGCACAGGGAUAGUGAGUAUUUACCAACUCUGGACUGACCACCCUUAUUCCAGAGUCCUGGCAGCCCUCCCUCCAGAGUGUGUCCUGAAUCCUGUCCAGUCUCACUGUCUCCAUGGUUACCAGUCUGGUCCAAGCCAUCAGCCAGUUCUCUUUCGUUCUGUGACCCUGAGCCCAUU